UCCCCCCGCCCCCCCCAUCAUCUCCUGCUUCCUCCCCAUUGGUCCGAAUAUUGCUACUCGCGGAUUGGAGGGAGAGAGCCGGGACGGCUUGAAGAGCAGAUGGCGGCGUCGCUGGCGGGAAAGAAAGUUGUGUUCGUCACUGGAAAUGCCAAGAAACUAGAAGAGGUGGUGCAGAUCCUGGGAGACAAGUUCCCCUGCCACUUGGUCCCACAGAAAAUUGACCUGCCGGAAUACCAAGGGGAACCAGAUGAGAUUUCCAUCCAGAAAUGCCGGGAAGCAGCCAGACAGGUCCAAGGGCCGGUCUUGGUGGAAGACACCUGCCUCUGCUUCAACGCCCUGGGUGGCCUCCCAGGCCCCUACAUAAAGUGGUUUCUGAAGAAGUUAAAGCCUGAAGGUCUCUACCAGCUGCUUGCGGGCUUUGAAGACAAGUCAGCUUAUGCACUCUGUACAUUUGCACUCAGCACUGGCCGGCCAGAAGAUCCUGUACAGCUUUUCAGAGGCCAGACCUUUGGCCAGAUCGUGGAGCCGCGAGGAUGUCGAGACUUUGGUUGGGACCCUUGUUUCCAACCUGAUGGCUACGAUCAGACGUAUGCCGAGCUGCCCAAAGCCGUAAAGAACACCAUUUCUCACCGAUUCCGAGCCCUCCAUGAGCUACAGAACUACUUCUUGCAGCCAGGCUCCCCCAGGGUUGAGGAUGGAGUGCCACAGCGUGGAGAAGGGGAGGGAGCAGCGUGAAGGACCCCAAGGACCAGCACGGAGGGACAAGCACUCAGAUUAAAGUAUUUAAUUGGUCUCA